GUGCGUGCGUGCGUGCACGCGCGUAGCCCCACUCCCUUGCGACCGCGGGAAAAUUCCAAACACGUCAAAACAAAAAAAGUUUCGUGAGGCCAUGCCAAGUUUUCAAGCCGCAGAAGCCGGGCGGUGGCUUCUUUUCCGUCGCGGCUCAGUCUGCUGAGGCAGCUCUGGGUGAGGACCACCCGGGAAGGCCACCGCUUCCUGCUAGGGCAGGGAAGACUCGCGAGAACGUGCGCCAAGUCUCGACGUGGGCGAGCCGCGCUCCCGCGGCGCGUGGGGUCUAAAACUCGAAGCCCAGCACUGUCCUGCCCAGGACUGCGGGACUUUCUUUCUGAUGCUAAGAUAUCACUGGAAACUAAACAUGAAGAACCUACUGAGGUGAGAGAUUUGCUGCUUCAGCACCUUCCUUUACAGGUGUGAUGGCUCUUCUUGGCUAACAACUUGACUACAUUUGCAAUUAACGAGAAUGCACAUGACUGGUUUUACCUGUGAGGAGUUCUUCUUAAUUAAACUAUUUAAAAUGGAAAGACUCACUUUUGAUAUUUUGAGCUGGGAAGAUCCAUCUUUAAUCUGGAUGACACCUUCGGCUGGCAGCCUAUCUUAAGGACAUGGAAGAAGGAAGCUUACUCUCUUUGCCUGCUUGCUUUCACUCUCCCUAGAAAGUUCAUUCCUUCACUGGCAUUAGAACCUACUUCUCCAGGAUUCUGACAUAUACUGAAGACCAGCUGAGGCAGUCAGCAAUGUGGACUGAACAACUACUAGAUUCUUGUACCUUCCAUUGAUAGACCGCCAUUGUUGGACUAGCUGGACCACAGCCUGUAAGCCACGCUAAUAAAUUCCCUUUAUAUGCUGCUGUGAAGGGACAACGCUGUGCUCAGAGAUGGCUCAGGAGCCUGCAGACCUUGCUUCUGACUAUCAAUUUUGGCUGCAGAAGCUUUCUUCAUGGGAACAGGCCUCUUCUAAGGAAACCCAGCAGGAUACUUGUCUUCACCUGUCCCGGUUCCAGGAGUUCCUGAGGCAGAUGUACGAAAUCUUGAAGGAGAUGGAUUCUGAUGCAAUCCUGGAAAGGUUCCCCACAAUUGGUCAACUGUUGGCAAAAACUUGUUGGAAUCCUCUCAUCUUAGCGUAUGAUGAAAGCCAAAAAAUUAUAAUAUGGUGCUUAUGUUGUCUGAUGAACAAAGAACCAAGGACUUCUACAGAGUCGAGACUUAACUCAUGGGUCCGGGGUUUGUUAUCUCAUGUACUUUCUGCAUUCAGAUUCGACAUGAAAGAAGUUUGUCUUUUUACCAAAAGUCUUGGAUAUGAGUCUAUUGAUUACUAUCCUAGUUUGCUUAAAAAUAUGGUUUUGUCCUUAGUGUCUGAGCUCAGAGAGAGUCAUCUUAAUGGACUGAACACUCAAAGUCGGAUGGCUCCUGAGCGUAUGAUGUCCCUGUCACAAGUCUGUGUCCCUCUUGCCACUCUGCCUGAUAUCCAACCCCUAGUAGAGGCUCUACUUACCUACCAUGGACAUGAGCCCCAGGAAGUCCUCUCUCCUGAGUUCUUUGAAGCUGUAAAUGAGGCCUUCUUGUCGGAAAAGAUUGUUCUACCCACGUCCUCUGUGGUCAGCCUCUGGUUUCGGCAUCUCCCCAGUCUUGAAAAAGCAACGCUGCAUCUUUUUGAAAAGCUGUUCUCCAGCAAAAGAAAUUGCCUGAGAAGGAUGGAGUGCUGUAUAAAAGAGUCCUUACUGCCUCAAGCAGCCUGCCAACCUGCCAUCUUCAGAAUUGUGGAUGAAAUGUUCAGGUUUGUGCUACUGGAAACUGAUGGAGCCCCAGAAGUACUAGCUGCUCUUCAGAUUUUCACGUCGUGCUUGGUAGACGCUCUGAAAAAAGAAAACAAGCAGCUCAAGUUUGCCCUCAGGACCUACUUUCCUUAUGGUGCUCCAUGUCUCACUGCAGCGCUGUCCCAGCACCCUGAAGCUAUCCCACAGGGACAUCAGCUCCAGCCUCUGCUGUGUGUUUCCCAACUCCUCAGAGAAGCAGUUGAAGACUGUACUCAUGGGUCUCAGCGAAAUCCCUUUGAGAGCUGGUUUUUGUUUGUUCACUUUGGAGGAUGGGUUGAUCUGGCUGUGGCGGAGUUACUGCUGAGGGAGGAAGUGGAGCCUCCUGCAGACCUGCUGUGGCUCUUGGUCUUCUAUUACAGCCCACAGGAUGGGAGUCAGCAGAGAGAGCAGAGCAUGGUGGAGCUGAAGGUAUUAGUCAACCGUCUCCUGAUGCUGCUCAGAAGCGGCUCCUUCCCAGCUAUCGAUCUGCAGGAAGCAGCUGAGAGUCCCAGUGGAGGCCCCAGACCACCUGUAUGUGGACAGCUAGUCAGACGCCUUCUUCUUAGUCUCUUGUUCUGGACCCCAGAAGGCCAUGUGAUUAUCCGGGAGGCCAUCACCCAUAUGGCUCACACGGAUGCUGUAACCCAGGAGAUUAUUGGCUUUCUUGACCAGACCUUGUACAGAUCACAUCAUCUUUGUGUUGAAGCCUCAAGAAAACUGGCCAGAGAACUCCUAAAGGAGCUGCAAGCUCAGGUCUAGCAGGCAGCCCAAAAUGUGUGGACAUCUGUCUGGUGAAGCUCCCACAGUGGAUGACAUGCCGUUUCUGAGUCAAGAACAAGUGAGAGUGGUUGAACAUAUCUGUGCCACCUCCCAUGCACUCUGUACUGCUUGGCCCAGGCCAUCCAAGAGUAUUAGGAGGGGAAAGGCCUAGACGCCUACUAUGUUCAGUCAUUCAUGAUAAUGUGUGUGCUGAGCACUGCUAGUGUGCUGACCACUAUGAUUCCCACUCUGUAUGAUGGGGGCAUGCCCAGAAGCAGGAAACAUGAGCCCUGCAGCGGAUGAGGCUGUACCAUACAGAUGACCUGUCUUACCAGUGACUGUUGCUUUGUGAGGCCUUUGUGCCUCAGUGCAGAAAUGCUGCAAGGUGCCCACUGUAGUGGAAGGAACAGAGGUGGGCAGAGAAGGGUCAUUACUUCCUUGUCCCCUAAACCCCCAAAAGGUAAAAAGCAUCUGCUUGCUGGGUGACCUGUGUCUAGUAAACAGGAUUUGGAAACUGAAAGUGAGUCCCUGUCCUCCUGCACUUGCUGUGGAUGGGCAUCAUGGGCAUGUCUUUUGCUUUUCUAGUGAGAAUGUACCAAGUGAGCCGUGUGUGGGUAGAGAAGACCCCAAGUUGUGAUCCAGCUGUGACCCCUCCUGCCGAUCUGCUAUGAGAACCCUCGCCCCAUGUGCACACAUGGGCUUCAACUCUCACAGUAGGACAUUUGAUGGCUGCACUCAGGCGGUGUAGGGGGUUAUGGCACAGUCAUGAAGGGCCUGGGUUCCCUCUUGCAUUUGCACACCCAGGCUCUGCCAGGGGAAACACUGACCAGCACAUACAGUAGAUUCAUCUUUUAUGGACCUAAGGUGGAGUGGAGCUGAACUUUCUACCUUUUCAUUCUAAAUAAAAAGUUGUUCUUAAUUUUA